CGGCAGCGCGGCGGCCUGAUGCCGGACGAAGCGCGUAGGCUGGAAGUGGAUGAGCAGCGCGAGGCCGCGCUCGGUGCCAUCUCAUCUGACGGCGAUGCGCUGUUCGACGACGUCGAGGGGCAGUCGGGCAUCCUCAAGGCGCAAGCGCGCGAUGCGCAGCGUGAGUUGCUCAAGCGCGAGGCCCGCCGCGCGCGCAAGCGGUGGGGAGGAUCGAACGCCGCGGAGCCUGAGCACAAGUAUAGCACGGCGACGUUCAAGAUCUCGCCGCGCAAACUACAGCUGCUAGCGUCGCAGAUCGGCGGCAAGCCGAUCGACCUGGCGAUCUUGCAGAUGCAGUUCAGCGCCAAGCGCGCCGCCAAGCGCGUGCAGUCUACCCUCGCGCUCGCGCGGGACCACGCGGCGGAGAAGGGCAUGGAUGUCAAGCGUCUCGUAGUCAGCGAGGCUUGGGUCGGCAAGGGGCGGUACAUCGCGCGCGCAGACAUCAAGGGCCGCGCGCGGAUGGGCACGAAGCACCAUCCAAGCGCACGGCUUAGCAUCGUCCUGCGCUAUGGCAAGACGUGGGAGCAGAAGGAGUACGAGACGAUCCAGGCUGCCGUGCGCAAGGUGCGCAGCUUAGGAACCGGUGGCAUCGCGCGUGUGCAAAGGCCGAUCGUCAACGUGCACCAGAGGCCUGGUUGGAACAUCUAA